GAUAGCUCCAACCACAGCUUCAUUUAUGUAAUAGUAGUCAAACCCGAAAAUAAAUGCAUUUGACGAAGAACAAAAUUGGUUUUAUAUUUUGUUGUAAUUUUUAAGGCUAUUCCGCGGUGAAGGCGCUUAUGGUGAAAAAAAUAUAUAGAAAAUAUAAUAUUUUGAAGGGCAAAAUGCAGCUGUAGACAAUCGAAUACCAAUACAUCACCACUGUCAGGCAGCAGCUGUUCUCGUUAAGUGCUACAAGAAGGUUUCGGCGGUGUGAUCAAUUACGUUCACUCGGCGGCUUGUAUCAGCUAUUCUCAUUUUAGAGUUUUGUCGGCUAAAUAUCAAUUCAAGUGUGUGUUAUUUCAUUAUAUAAAUAAACAAGUAGAAGUGGAAAAAUUUAAUAGGUGCUCAGAGUCAUUAAGUUGGCAUAAAAUCGGAACUCUGGUUAAAUGUCUUCAACCGACGUCAAGCUAUCACGGCUGCUGAUCCUGGCGCAAAAGUUUAACAACUUCUAUCUUACAGGUUUUCAUAAAUGUGACAGUCGUCCAUUUGUGGUUGAGGGUCAGCAAGUUGGUCUAAUAAAGUCAGAUGUUCUUAAGCAUCUCGUGAAGUACCCCGAAGUAUUUUCCAUCCGUGAUUGUGAGCAAACUAAACAGGGUUUGGUUGAAUUGAAUCCUGCGUUCCGUGACUACAACGAGCGGUCCGAGCAACUAGAAAAGGUAUUGCGAGUUCUACGCACUGAGGGAUUAUUUCCUGCCUUACAGGGAUGGAGGGAUGAAUACUUUGAGGUGAAGUCCGAUUGUAGGGCUCUACUAAAAAUGGAACGAGCGGCAACCCCGCUCUUUGGUGUGCGGAAGUAUGGCGUCGAUAUCAACGGUUACGUUAGGCAUCCAACUCUUGGGUUAUGCAUUUGGCUACAGCAGCGAUCAAAUACAAAAGAGACGUGGCCUGGAAAGUGGGACAAUAUGGUAGGGGGUGGUCUUUCUGUAGGAUUUGGCAUUAAGGAGACAGCCAUUAAGGAAGCUGCUGAGGAGGCAUCAAUUCCGAGUGAUCUUGUGAAGAAUUUGGUGUCCGCGGGCUGUGUAUCAUUUUAUUUUGAAAGCCGACAAGGCCUAUUUCCUAACACCGAAUAUGUAUUUGACUUAGAGUUACCGCUCGAAUUCGUUCCACAAAAUGCAGAUGGAGAGGUGCAGGCGUUCGAGCUUCUCCCUGCCAAGGAGUGUGUGGAGCGAGUUUUUACUACAGAUUUCAAAACAACUUCAGCGCCGGUGGUUAUUGAUUUUCUUAUUCGACACGGAUACAUAACUGCAGAUGACGUGGUAGACUUUACUCAAAUUAUUGAGCUUCUCCAUGUGCCAUUACAGACCCUUUAUACGUACAAGGUACGUUUAGAGCAGUCUCAAAAACAACAGCAGAAAUUGGUUUGUGAUACUAAAAAUUCAAAUUGUCCAAGCUUACAGAAUAAAGCGGCGGAGAAUGGCCAUAAGAAUGCAUCUUAAACAAUAAUGUAUAGUUCUCAGGACGAUUGGUGCAGGUUGGAAAUCAAAUUUAAAUAAAAGUGCAAACAAAAUAUAAGAAAUGUGAAAUUUCCAAGAUCUUAAGUAAACAAUUUCAAGAAGUAAAGGCAAAUAAUUAUAAGUUAAUAAUUGACAUAAUUUUUAAGUCAAGAAAACGUAAAA